AUGGCAGCUCCCUACCUACCAGGCCCAGCAAUGCUGCACGUCAAACAAGACGAGAGUCAGUUUGUGUACUUUGGCCACACCUUGAUUGAAAAGCAGCCUGGAAUGGACGGCGUUCUCUUCAUUGGUCUUGAUCGUAGCAAAGCACAAGAAAAUGGUCUUGCUCGAGUAUUCCAUGUUUCAAGAUUCUUACCUUGUACUAAGCACGUACGGGACAAUGUAAACGCAAAGCUUACGAGCCUUCAAUUAACUGAAGGACUUAAACGGGAAGUAAUCAAAGAUAUUUUCGGUGACGACAAGCGAAUGGAAAAGGGUUUAAUUGAUAGCGACAGUCCGGAAGAAUUUGACUGCAAGUUGCUCGAGGCCCAACGCAGAUGGGAUUCUUUGGAGUCCAUGGAGAAGAUGGGUGCAGAUCCUGGGUUUUCAAAGUAUUUUACAACUUGUGUAGCAGACAGCAUGAGGGAAGGCAUGAUAACUCCCAUCAGGAAAGCGGCUGGACUUGGGGACAACCUUUACUUUAAUAACGCUUCAGAGUCAUUUCAUUUCCAGUACAAGCUACAGAUUGAGCAGAAUCGCACUGAUGACACCCCAUCUGGCAAACCCAACUUGAAGAGUACUAUGUCUCAGGCCACAGAUGAAUAUGUUGAAAUGUGCGAAAGAGCAGCCAGGAACGUGGAGAGAGCUGUUAUCGACGAAGGGCCAUACCGACUUGCACCAGAGUUUCAACACUUAAAGAAGACUACAGAGGAAUGGAUUAAAAUGUCCGAAAAGGAGAAGAAGGAUCACCUUAAAAAGAUCAGUCCCUUGAGCCAAACAGCACUCGACGAGGAGACUGAAUUGCCUAUGGAUGAGGAAACAGCCAUCUUAGGCAAUUUUAAUGAGAGUGGCCUUCCAGAAAUGUUCAAAGCAUCAUGGCGAAAUGCUGAGGUGAUCUUGAAAGAGGACGGUGUCGGACAAGCUCCUGGUAGUAAGACGAAUAAAGUGGUCAUGUCCACGACAAGUGAUAGUCUUCAUCUUGUUAGGGUCACUGAUAGGAAAUUGCCAGUCUGUGAUUGCGAAGGGUUCAAGCACAAGGGUCUCUGCUCACAUGUACUUGCAGUAUCCUUCCAGAUGGGCUCCUUACAACGAGUACUUUCUGAUUGGACACCAAACAUCACUCGCCAACUACAGGAGAGUAUGCCAAGUGGAGCAGGCCUUAAAGAAAACGAAAAAGGCAGGAAAAGAACCAGAAAAACGCACAGGGAGGAACGAUCCACCGCGGGAUUUUCUGAGAGAUUUCCAUCAGUGACGCCAACCAUUCUACCUGACGAGUAUCAGGUUGUCUUUGUAAAGGACACUAAGGCGUUGACUUGCUAUGGCUGUGGAUCAAAGGUAAUUGCAAUUACGACUUAGAAGUAUAUGGAGACGAUUUUAACAGAUACUUAAAAAUUAAAACGACUUUUAUUUAAACAGUUAACGUUUUAAUCACAGGCUCAGUAUGCCUGUAUGGGAGUAGAAGAAUUAAUAAUCUCUAAUAUACAUUGUCUUGCAGUUAAGAAACAAGCCUAGUGAUGCACCACCUCCUGCACCAUACGAUUUGAUGCUCAAGCAUCGCGAAAGAAGGGUCUAUCAGAAGAAGGGAACGAUUCAGCUUAAGGUUGGUACCCUGUCACAUCAACGAUAAAAUGAUGUGCCACUUAGUAAAUACCAGUGAGUCAGGCUUUUUAAUAAUGUUGCAAUGAAAGAGUUACUCUUAAAGUACAUUUAAAGCGAAUACACAAUUACACAAGAUUUAUGGUUUAUGAAAAUCUCACUUCAGGUCAGCCGGGAUCCAGAAAGUGUGUAUUACCAUGUCAGAAAAACGUGUGUGCUGGCAAAGUGUGACAAGAUCCUACCAAGGAAUAUAACAAUCACCGAGCCUAUCAGUGAACAGAUGAGCGAAGUUCAUAAGCGCCAUCUAUCUCGGGAAUUUGGUGUUUUGGUAUAG